AUGCCAAAGCCAAUAAAAGAACAAGGCAUUGAGCUCGACUACGAAAAUCGAUCAUGUGAACUUCGUCUCUAUCCAAAUGGCUGGUUCUAUGAAAUAGCUUCUGGAGAAAAAAAGACGCGAAGUCUAAGCGUGCGACUAACUCACCUUUACACGUUGUUAAAUCUGUUAAAGACAAGUUUAUUACAGCAAAACUAUUCGCGUGCAAUUAGGAUUCUUGAAAUCUUAGCAGGGGUUUCAGAGUUGUCGGAGAUUACCUUCUGGCAGAAUUAUUCCAAUGAUCCACUUUUUCUUGGAUAUUUCGGGAUAUUAGCAUAUGGAAUGUGGGAACAAGAAGCCAUACGAUUGAAUUUAGUGAAAAAGAUUCGCCGUCAUCACUAUUCUAUUGAAGAUUCACAAUCACAAUCAACGAUAUUUGCAUACUGGUUCGUAGUAAAUGAUAAAGAAGACGGAAGUAUUGAUGAUGAUCGAACAAGACUUGAAAAGUAUUAUCAAUCAGCUGCAAAGAAUUUGAAGACUUCUUUGUUUAUUGAAUUUUCGAAUGAUAUAUUUUUGGUGUAUUAUGUUCGGCUGCAAACGAGUAUGAAUCAUGUUGAUGGCGCUUUGGCGAUGACAAUGAGAUAUAUCUCUGAAAAUCCGGAUAUUUUGAAAGCACAAUGGGUCAAUGCAGGAAAAACUUUUCAUCGUAUGGAUCCUUCUACUCCCGAACAAUUAGUGCUUAGACCAUUGUGUGAAUAUUACGAAAAAAUUAUCGAAAAGAUCAAGAUCGAGAAUAUAAGGGAGGAGGAAAAGAUUGAAAUUCUAAUUGAUGCUCAUCAAAAUAUUGCCGAACUGAUGUUACAACGUAUAGAGUAUGGAGACGACAGAUUAUCUACAAUUUUGGAGGUACUCAAAAGAAUGAUACUUUUAGAAAACUUAUCCCCAACCGCGCCUUCACGACUAUUUUCACCCAAUACCAAACGCGACACAUGGAUAGGCGAGUUCUUGCAAUAUCCUUCGACAAAACACAUAAAUACGGAACUACGACGACAUCUCUAUAAUGCACUGGCUCUCUAUAGCGGGUUUAAGCUUCCUGGUUGCAGAUCUAAUUUUCCGAGAUGGCUUAAUAGCUGGAAAGCUAAAGUUGUUAGUGGACAGGAUCCAGAUUAUAUCAAUGAAAAGGAUGAUAAUUACGUAAAGAAAAGGAAAAGGAAACCAAUGUAUUAUCGUCCCACACCGUGGGAAAUAAGGUGGAGAUCUGAGAUGCUCCAAUUAAAGAAAACAAUAUAUAACGAUAAGCGUGAACUUGCACGUGACAAAAAUGUUAGCGAUGAAUUCGCACCAAAUGAAUUAUUCCACGGUGCUGGUGGUGAAAGUGGCAAUAGCUCAAGAUUGCAAACAGCAACGACAUUGUCGUAUGAGGAGGAAAUGCCAUUAGACGAUUCUUUCGAUGAUGAAAUAUUAAGUAGCAACAAUCGCAUAGAUAAAGGCAAACAAAAAGCAUGUUAA